UCCUCCUCCUCCUCCUCCUCCUCGUUCUUUUCCCUCCCCUUCUCCCCGCCCCCGCUCGCCUCCCCCCCAACCUUCCUUCCGCGGCGGCGGCGCCGUCGACGUCCUGGCCCGGUGGGGGCGCACCCGCGCCGCCAUGGCAGAGCCCGCGGCGGGCGCCGGCGCCCAGGCUUCCGCGGCGGCGGAGGAGAGCCUGUUGAAGCAGCGGCAGCUGCUCGAGAGGGCCAAAUAUGAGGGACCAGAUUCGUACAUCUACCAUGCCGCGCAGAGAAGGAGGUGGGACGAGGCCAAGAUUGAACAGGCCCAGAUCUAUUACCCGCCGACUUUCGCGCAAGAUGGCGAGUUCACGCACGCGACGGCCGACGCGAAGAAAUUACUGGGGGUCCUGAACCAUUUCUACUCAGAGUCGUCUGGCCCAGAGCAGGAGUGGGUGCUCCUCCAGAUGACCAUCGCCACCGUGGAGAGCUGCGAGGUGGGGGGCGUGCCUGUGGAGUUCGAGCCGGGGAAGCCGGUGGGAGACAAGGCUUCGGCAAUUCGUCUUCGUCGUCACGAACGGGUGUCUCCGCUUGCUCAGUCAUCCUGCUCAUAAGCUCCUUCCUCUCCUAGUUGAACACAGGUGCCCCCUCGCAUCGAGCUCUUGUACGUGCGCCUGUGUACAUUCAAAUAUGCGUUUAGGGUUAUGGGGUGCUGUGGCCGACAUGAUUUUCAUGUCGCUGCAUCGCGUCCAACGUAAUGCUGGCCGCGCGUGGGAAUUCACGCGUCAGGAUGGUUGGGGCGCCCUUACGUUGCUACCAAUGUUUCGGGGCACGUGCGAGAGGUUUCUACCCAUCUCGCUCGAGUUGUGCGCAUUGAUUCAUAAGUUGGUUCUUCGUUGCCAAUUUCUGCCGCUUCCGUCGCGCUCGCCCCGAGAGGAGCGGAGAGAAUGCGGCUCCAGACCGCUCAUCAAGGGACAGUGCAUCUGCUUCGUUUGAAACGUGUGUGACAGAAGAGGGUUGCUGCGCACACUGCGCGCGAGACAAC